AGUCAGUUUGAUUUUAGUUCGAAAGAAUAUGGCCGUGUUAGGGCCUUGUGUGAAUGUAAAUAUGAACGGUCAAAGUAAUAUUCAUAGUCAGUUAACAAAAUCAUUAGAGCGAAUUCUUGAGGAUGCAUAUUUAAGUGGCGAAUUAAAACUUAGUGGACGUAAGCUGAGAGAAUUUCCGAAACCAGUGAAGUUUGAUUUGAGUGAUACAGUUGUUGCUGAUUUAUCGAAAAAUCGCUUCUGUGAAGUGCCCGAGGAAGUCACGACGUACAUUUUUUUAGAAAAGUUGUUAUUAUCGCAAAAUAUACUAAGGAAUCUACCUGAUGCAGUCGGUGGUCUACAGUCUCUCACAUUCUUGGAUCUCAGUUCAAAUCAGCUUACCGAGCUGCCUCGAGAAAUAUGUCAAAUGCCACUGCAAGUUCUACUAGUACCAGACAACCUCCUAACAACAUUGCCAAAGGAAAUCGGGAAGAUGACGACUCUAGCAGAGCUGGUGGCGUCAAACAACAGGCUGACGCAAGUGCCGAUGACGCUGGGCGAUUGUGCUGGCUUGCGGGCGUUGGAUCUUAGCAAUAAUCAACUAGGAUUGUUACCUUUACAGGUGACAUACCUUCGACUAGAACACUUGGACGUCAGCUGCAACUGUAUUUCCUCCCUGCCUCUGGAACUGCGCAACAUGAGCACCCUCAUCACGCUGAACCUGGACAAUAACCCUCUUGUUUCUCCUCCCACAACGGUAUGCAUGCGCGGGCGCGUGCACAUAUUCAAAUACCUAGAAAACAUGGCGAACAAAGACACCCCCGCACACCGCCGCGUCGAAGACACCCGCCGAACCGCCAAACACACCUCCUACCUUAACAGUCCGACAACCAACCAAAUAACGUCGGGCAACGCCACGAUAGACUGUCUCAGGCAUAAGCCGAGACAUGUCGUGGAUAGCGGGUACAGCACUGAUGGCAUGGAGAAGAGGUGGUCUAAUGAUGGCGGAGGCGAAGCCGGAGGAGGGUCCGGUCGUUCUACGCCCAGCACCCCCUCCACCCUGUCUCCAGGCGCGGCGCUAUCGCGAGCGCAGUCACUGUCCAGCGAAUCCCCUUUACCACAAUUGACUCCGCUUCUCACCGGCCUCCGUAUAUCACCCGAAGGGAACAUUUCCAAUGGCGACGAUAAGAGUAAAUUAGCCCAUCAGCAAACCUACAGGCAAUACAAAGAAGCUUUAAGACAACAACGCCAGCAAGACAUCUACCGCCCCCGCACCGAGCAGUCCUCGCCCGACCUCGAGCCCUCCCCCCACCACAGUCCCGGCCACAACCCCCACUCCCCCGUCAACGGCCACAGUAACGUAUCCCCCACAUAUCGUUCCACUAGCAUAUCACCAAAUACCUCCCAAGUGCCAAACUCUCCCCUCCUACACUCAACACCUAGAAGAUUCCAAAGCCAAAACGGGAACUCAGAAAAAGAAGAGAACAAGCGGCCAGUACAGAAAGUUGUGCCUUCGAGGAAUGUGAAUAAGAUAUAUUCUGCGGUGAACGGGAACGUGGAGUACGGGAGGACGAAUGGACACGACACGUAUACGAAACCUACGUCGCCUACCAAGUCUCCGACGAAUACUUUAGGUUAUAAUAGCAUAGGCACAAAAUCCAACAUCCCGCGGCAAACCAACGGCGACCCAAAGCUACUAACAACGACGGUGUCAUACCUCAAGGGCGCCGCGCCCAAACCUGCCGGCAAGGUGCCGUGGAGUAAAGACGACAAGCUCAGCUUUACCAUGAAGAGAGAAUUCGAUAAGCAGAAGGAGGAAUCAGAUCUGCUAGCACAGCUGAGGACGAUAAUCGAAAGCCGGCUGAAGAUGCGGCUGCCGCCGGAGCUGGCGCCGGUGCUGGCGGACGGCGUGGUGCUGUGCCACCUCGCCAACCACGUGCGGCCGCGCGCCGUCGCCUCCGUGCACGUGCCCUCGCCGGCUCAGCCCAAAUUAACAAUGGCGAGAUGCAGGCGGAAUGUCGACAACUUCUUGGAAGCAUGCCGGAGGAUUGGAGUCGAAGAAAAACUAAUGUGCUGCGCAGCAGACGUCCUCGAAGGCAAAGGCACGGUACAAGUCGCCAUCACUGUGACGGAACUCCUUCGACGGCAUGGUGCGUUACGUGCGACCCAGGCUCCCGCCUAGCGGCUCGCACUCGCGCCGCAGUCGCAGCUCUCGCUCUAACCGGGCUUGUACACCGUGUGAGUGAUAAGGACGGGAAUAUAGAGUUGUAACAGUAAGGUUGCCAUACGUCACGGUAUUUCUUCAGCGGCACGGCACGCACGGGCGACACAGGCGGGUGCCUAGCAGCUCGCUCUCGCACCGCAGUCGUAGCUCUAGCUUUAACCGGGCUUAUAUAUGGCGUGAGUGAUAAGGACGUGAAUAUAUUUGAACACGUAAGGUUACUGCCAUUGCAGUUAUCUCGAACUACUGUGGCGGCACAGCGCGUUAUGGGCGACUCAGGCACCAGUCUAGCGGUUCGCAGUCGCGCCGCAGUCGUAGCUCUCGCUUUAACCGGGUUUAUAUACCGCGUGAGUGAUAAGGACGUCAAUAUAGUUCAUCGAUACGAUGGGCUCUAACUGUAGUAGUAGUACCCACGCUUUGCGUGUUGAGUGCCGGGAGUUUGCGCAUGAAACGGUAUCUACUGAGGUAUUAUAUAUAGCCUUUGAAGCGGUUCCGCAGUCGGUCCGAAAGGAGACGAAUGCCAACCUCAUCAAUAACCUAAAUCAUCAUACCUCCGCAGAGUUUAGGAUGCUUAUUCAACUCUUGACUGCAAGAUCUAACAUUCAGAAUCAUAACGGAAUGGAAAAAAAAACAUGUACAGACGACAAAAGCUAUGUAACGUUUAGCACCUAAGUACACAAAAUCAAUGCGAUGAGAGGCAUUUCAAGCUGACGGGAUUUCGGAGUCUUAUUCAAUUAUCUUAUAGUAAUAAUAAUUUAACUGAUAAAAAGUCAUAAGUUAAUCUACAAUUGUGUAAAAGAGAAUCGUUCGUAAGAAUGGAAUUAAUUACGACGAAUAUUCUCUUUCACUAUUAAUCAAAACAAAGUCAUGUACUGACGUGAUACAAAAUGAAAAUGUGACAUCCAAAGGUGUGAUAAGUAGGGUAAAAAAGGAACACUUGAAGAUUUCACAGAAAAACCUACAACUUUUUACGUAAGUGGAGUUCCAAAGGUUCACUCAUACUCAGUAACAUCUAAAUAAUUGUGAGAUUUGUGAGUCAUAUUAUAGUAUUAUUCAAAUAGCUUCGGCACGGUCACAGCUGUUAUCUCAAUACAUUGCUACGUUUUAAGGUUAUUCAUUGUAAGGAGAUGGCAGCUAUUAUUGUACCUAAGUUAUACUUGCAACAAACCGAAGUGUCGUGUCAGGUUGUAAAUCAUGCUGUCUCUUUCGCACUUGUACGGCCUUAUGGAGCAGGACUCGCUACAGUAGUGCGGGUAGUUUACGAAUAACGUAACUUUUAUUCGUAAAACUACCCGUACCUAACCAACCCGCCACUUUGUGCUGUGGUAAGAGGCUGUGGAGAGGUUGUGUGGUGGUGUGGAUCUAAGACGUAAGACGAGUGGGACACAUAUGUAUAUUAAAUUGAAGUUGAACUAUAAUUAUAAUAUUGUCAUCUUUUAAAUAACAAAUUUUGUAAUAAAACAAGUAAUGUUACAAGAUCUAGGAUAGACCUAGGAUUGUUAUCUAGCUGUUUUUCAAGUAGGCUGUUGUGUACGCUGAGGUAAAUAGUUCUUUAACAGCAAAUUGUUUCUAGAAUAUCUUGUUUUGAAUAAACUUUUACGUCAAUCUUCACAAUUAUUAAAGAGACGACUAAAUAACAAUCAUGUUUCUUAUGAAAUAUGGAAAAAAAAUCGCUGUCUUUCACAACGUUUUGAACAUUUUAACGAUCUUAUCGAAUUUCCUUGUGUCUAUUUGUAAAUUUAGAUUAACGUACGUUAAAAAUAAUGUUUCUUACGUACGAGUACAUUAGCGUUAUGCGUUAUUUCAAUGGGUAGUCUCCUUCUAGAAGUAUAAAAUGAAACCAUAUGAGUAAGACCUUCCUCAUACAGGAUAAUCCAAAACAUUAUUAGUUUCCAACUGCGACACAAUUUAAUAUGUCGAAAACUGGUUAUUACUUUUGUGUCAUGUUGCCCCGGGUUGCCUCGAGAAAGGCCUUAUCACAUAAGGACCAUUUACCUCAGCAAAUUAGUCAAGUUAAGGUGCUUAUACCCUGGCACAAAUCACGAAUUUACUAGUGAAUUUUUCGAACCUCUCUUUACACAUGUUAUGUGGCACGUAGAGAAAUUGAAGAUUGACUUUGAAGUGCCUAGCGAUGGUUGAAUUGAUGUUUGUACCCGAUUUAGUGUCGAUACAGACGCAGAAGAGUUGGAACAUUUUGAAAUUGAGGUACCUAUCGUAUGAUAUAAAUGAAGAUUUGGGUGGUUCUCUUUCAUCUUACAUUUGGAUGUCGUUUUGCAAAAAGGAACCAACCCUUCAAACGAAAAUUUAGAAAAUUAAAACUUAAAGUUAAAAUUUGAAUGGUUCCUGUUUACAGAUGAAUUUGUUUAUUUGGGAGUUAUAUCAACGGCGAUAAAGGGCGAAAUCAGAAUCACAAUGGUCAAUGGAUCGUUCAUCUAAUUCCAUCGUCGGACAGUGUGAGGUUGCUUUAAUGUGGCGAACGACCCCGAGUUGCACCAAAAUACAGCUAUAUUAACUUACUUAAAGUCUAAAACUUAAUCUGUGUUCUUACUCAUGUAAGCACAUGCAAAAGUGAACCAUGUAUCAAUGUCAUAAAAUGUGUUUUUCUUACUUCAUCUGUAUCAACAACAUAAUUCGAAUUUGAACUUUGUUUCUGACUACGCUAAGGUUUUAAUUUUUUUGAAACUGAACUUCGAUGAAAGAUAGGUUUUUACAAUCUUUAUCAAAAUGUUCCAUGCUUUGUAUGUUCAAAUACAUUUUAAGGUGUUGGAAGUAAAGAUAAUACUUAAAUAGGAUUGAACGUAGAGACCAAACUGUCCUAUAAGACUUGUACUGAGGUGUUAGUUAUAUGUAUAACUGCUUCACAAAUACGACUACUCUGCAUAAAAUAAAAUGAGUUUCGUAGCCUAUUCGAAAAUCUAACUGCCUCCAAUUUUCCUUUCAUAGAAAGUGAUAUUUUUUUAUAUAAAAAUAAUCUUGCAGUAGUUAUACCAGGGCGAAAAAGUCUUACCAUUGGUAUCUUUUGCCAGAAAAUUAGGUAUACAUAUUGUUACGUUUCAUAUUGGCUUAUAACACUUAACACGAAUGCCUGGAAAUUAUGCGAGUAUCCGUAUUUUUUAAGUGGAUGGAAAGUAGGCUGUAGGUUCUCACGCCUUCGUCCCUGUGAAAAUAGAUGUCACUACCAGCCUUAUGUAUGUUAGAGUUAGAAAUAGUCAAAUUUUCGAUGGUCUUAGAGGUGUUUCAAGAAACGAUGCUUCUGUUUAUCUGUCAGUAAUAUCUUUACAGCUGUUAUUGUUUAAUGCUUAGUUCAAUAUCUUGUAUUGGAUAAUGUCACAAACCUGUGCAAAUAACGAAUAGUAUAAUUCAUUGCGAUUUUUAAGUUACGAGUUAUUUAAAUCUGUUUUUGUAAAUAAUUUGCUGAAAUCUCUGUCUUAGUAAUUGUUAUACGAAUACCUUUUCAGCUUCACAAACUGCGGUGGGCAUUUGAUGGUCGUGCUAUUGCGGUCGCUACGUUAUAACAAGUUUGUAAGAGCGAUAGUAGCACAUGAAACGGUAGACAUUAAAAGUGCAACGAUCAUACUACUGCAACACUAUUAAAUAGUACCUAAAGUAGCGACGAAAUUUUAGUUAUACUUUAGGUUUAAACAGGAAGUCUAAAUAGUGCUCCAUUUUGGACGAUUGUUAUUUAAGUUCAAAUUGAUGUAAAUAUUAACUUGACAAUAUGAAAGAACCAAUGGGCAUUGUAGUGUCACAAUUGAACCAUUAUUUCGGCUGUGCAAGUGUCAUAGAAUGUACUAGAAAUCCUGUAGAUAUUUUCGAAUACCGUUUGUUGAUAAACAUUGUGAUGGAGGCGUUUGUUACUUAAUAAGUUAUUAAAUUAUACGCUAGUAAGGAUUUCCAUAGUUAGAAUUAGAAUUAUCUAAGAUGAACUCGAAGCCGUUUAAAAAUUGUUCUCAUUGUCUGGGCAAUAAGAAUCAAAGUGUAAUGAGAGUUUUUUUUAUUAUUAUUGUGUAUAAAUGCUUUAUUUAUAUAGAUAUGUGCAGAGGUUCCAUUAAUAACUAUCUUAAAUUAAAAUAGGCCCUCGAGGCAUUGUACCAAGGAUGCUGGCGGGAUUUCCUCUUUGUACCGCAAUUAUGAUACCUUUUUGGUUAUCUGUUCAUCUUAUAUAAUCUUAAUUAUGCCUGCGGGCAAGACCCUCUACUAUUACCUUUUUUUCCAUCUAGAUAAAUUAGAAAGGGAUGGAUAUCACUAUCUCGUGAUAAAGUUUCGUCAUAGUAACAUCUCAAAAUUUCCUGAUAAUGUCAUUGUUGGUAGUGAAGUUGUCAAAUAAGUGUUUUAAAGAUCACGUUUGCUAGUAGAUAGUGAACUGUAGUGUCAGGUUUUUACGCUAAAUUUACAAUCUUUAUGACAUAAUUACCAGUAUUGUACUUUUUAAGGACUGGUUCACUAUUGAAUGAAACUAUCCAUUAUUAGCGAAAUGUUUGACAUUGGUAUGAAUUUUAUUAUGUCGACUUGAAAUGCCAAUGCAUAUUGAAUUACAAUUUCUAUACAUAUCUUUCGUUUACCACCGAAAUGACUCAAUCGAAAAGUUUCUAAACGAUGUAAUACUCAAUAUUUAGGUAAGAUUACAUGUAUUUUAAGAUAAAUUUUUGCUCUCGUCAUAAUUGUAGUCAAUUCUCUAUAAUUAGGUCACAAUAUUGUAUAAUCGAUUACAUUUCAAUUAUAAUUAGUUGAUUACCUAUAUGAUUUACUUCAAUUGAAAAUUAUUCUGCUUAUGUUUGUUUUAUGCAAUGAAAAUUUUAUGGAUUUCUUUAUUUAUUCGGUUAUGCUUUAUUUUUAUAUUAAGUACUAUUAUUUUAUAAAGCGUUACCACAAAAUGUGAGAUGUAUGUAAUUAUUGUAGGUAUCGCCUUUGGAGUAGAAUUAAUUAGAUUUGUUAAUCAUUGUGUGAUACUACCCAGUCAGGGCCCCUCAGUUUUAAUGUAAAUAAAUAGGAAAAGACGAAUGUACCAAAUCUUAUAAAAAAUAACUAGAGUCAGACCAAGAUAAGUUGGCAGCGAUUGUGACAGCCCAGUGUUAUUUUAAACGUUAAACUUCUGAAAUUAUGACGUUUACUUAAUACUUGCACAGGCCCUUGUAUACUUUUGUUGUAUGUGUAUAGUGUCGGACCACGCCAAGUUUUCAUGCCAAGUGCUACGUCAAGAAUGGAGCUCAAAGGGUUAUGUACAGUCGCCAUGAGAUAGAUCGGAGCGGCCAAGGUACUCAAAAAUAUCUGAACAUAAAUAUCGGCUUUGCUCAGGUAUUUGUGAACUCCUUAGCCGUUCCUAUGUAUAUGAUGGUGACCGUAUGCAUUCUUACUGCCAAGAUUGUGCAAAGUUAGCGUGGUCAGUCUCUUUUGAUCCUGCUAGCUGGAGAAGCAUAGUUAUCAGCAGUACCUAGCAAAUUGGCAUAUAGAUUAAAAUAAAUAAAUAAAUAUUUGGGGACAAUCCUACACAAAUCGACCUAGCCCCAAACUAAGAAAAGCUUGUACUAUGGGUACUAGGCGACGAUAUACAUACGUAUUAAGAUAAAUACAUACUUAUAUACAUAGAAACACCCAUGGCUUAGAAAUAUCUGUGUUCAUCACACAAAUAAAUGCCCUUACCGGGGGUCAAACCCGGGACCAUCUGCUUCAUAGGCAGGGUCACUAUCCACUAAGCCAGACCGGUCAUCCUUAUCAUACCUUUCAAUUUGUAUUCAUUAAACCUGUGGUGGCUCUGUCAGCUAUACUCUCGCCAUCUUUGUCAGUUGAAAAAGGCGCGAAAUUCAAAAUUAGUAUGGAAUACUUCGCGCCAAAAUUUUUCCUUUUUCUAAUUUCAAAGCUGGCUACAGUGUAGCAUCAUAAUUAUCAUUUUAGAUUCAAAAUCCAAAGUAAGCAACUACGUGUUUAGUUUCUUAUUGAAGUUGUUCAAAUUAACGUAUAAGUCACAAAUUACAUUCUUCUUUCUGUUUUCAUAGAGAACCGUUUAUUUAGUGACAAUCUGAAAAUUGACGAUGUAUUUACUUUUCAUUAUACUUCGAAGUAUGGAAGGUAGAGGUAAGGAAUGCAAUCUCCAUAGGCAGAACUGAUGCAAAAGUUCCAGUUGUCAGCUAUAAAUAAUAGUUCUAAAUCUCUCCAGAGUAGCGAAGAAUCUAGGCGUUAUUGACGGAGUGAAGUGCGCUGUCUAUGAUUUGCUUUUUUUUUUUCAAGUAAUCUAGGUAUUGUAGCGCCACCUAUUUAAGGUUUUUUGGUGACACUUUUUGGUACAUGGAGAUUCCAUUCCUUACCUCCACCUUCCAUAACCUCGAAGGAGAUGGCGGCACGAUCUAGACGUUUUUCGGAAAGAUUGGCCUAAUACUGCCAUAGACCGAGACGCGUGGAAGAAAGAGAGGGAGGCCUUUGUCCAGCAGUGGGAGUGGGACACAACAGGUUAACAAAUAAAUACAUAUAUUUUUUUAAUAAAUCAAUUUUGAUUUGUCUUAACGUUUAAUAGGAAGUCAAUUUCAGUAAAUACCUAUAGUUGGCACUUCUCGAACUAUUGAGCAACCUGCAUAUUGGGCAUGGCAUACCAAUGUUUGUUGCAAUUAUGCAAAAGUUGCAAAACUAAUUGUCCGAGAUUUGUAGGUAUUUCCGGUGUCAAACAGUGGGUACACUUGUACCUACGAUAUAAACUGUGUGUGUUCUGUCUCUAAGAUUCUAUAUAGUACGACAUUUUAUUAUGGUACAAUAUUUAUUUCAACACAAAUGGGUGGAAUUACAAUGAAACACUUAAAUCAAAAACUUAUAAAUAAAAAAAUUGUCCCAAGUCGAGACCGCUUGGAAGGGUGCCCAGAAGGCUGGCUGCAUUGCCCCUCUGCAUAGCAAAUAUAGCAAUGCUUAUCCGCUGGGCGAAAUGGUACACAAAUUUGAUUGUCAUUAAAUAAAUGAAUAAGUAUAGUUCGCGUCAUUCACGACGAUGCGCAGAUUUGUCAAAUCUAACCUUUAAAAACAUGACCAUACGAGUCAAGGAACGCGUCUUCGUGAAUGGCACGAUGUAUAACCAUGUAAAAAGUAGACGUAAGGUUUACCGAACUGAAUGCUAGAAUCGAGUCUUUGCCCGUUCAAAGAUGCUGUGCCAAAGACUAAAGUUGAAGGUUUUGUAUAAAGAUAAUUAUAACGCACUGGUCUCCUAGGUUAAGCCUGUAGCAAUAUCCUAUCGUACACUGUGUUUAUAUGUAGAUAAAAUAAAGGUAUAUACAUUUUCGA